AUGCGUGUGAACGCAUCUAAAACGAAAAGCCUAGUGCUUUCUUGUUCUCCUGCUCGUUGCUCUCUUCAGAUUAACGGAGAGGCAGUGGAGCAGGUGGAGAAGUUCGAGUACCUCGGAACUGUAUUUACUAGUGAUGGAAAGUUGGAGGAAGAGAUCGACGGUCGAGUUGGAGUAGCCAGUGACGUUCUGCGUGAACUAGCCCGACCCACUGUGACGAAAGCAGAACUCAGUCUGAAAACUAAGCUCUCAAUAUUCAAGUCAAUCUUUAUCCCCGUACUUACCUACGGUCAUGAAUCGUGGACCGUCACUGAAAAACUUCAAACCCGGGGACAAGCUGCUGAAAUGGGCUUUCUUAGACGAGUCGCUGGCUUUAUACGC